UACCAACAACAAAAAAUCAGACAAUGCGUUUUGAUUCUAAUAGAGCUUUAUUUCUUAUUUUAAAUUGGCGUAAAAUAUUGAUGAUAAUGUUAAUAUAAUAUUUCUAGUGCGCAAUUUUGAAGAUAGAUAUUCAAUUUAUGAGAUAAAUAGAAAUUUUCCUAUUAAAGAGAGCAAAAGAUAAUCAUCGUAAUGAGCAACUUAAUUCAGUCUCGCUACAGAUAAUAAUCGAUAUUUCAUUAUAAGAUAGAUACUGUAUAACGUGCGAUCUGAUUGGCUAGUACCAGAGGAAGUACUCCUAUCUUGCAAUCUACCUUAUUUCCAGUUAUCUUCACCUUGUUUCCAGUUAGAGUACAGACACUAAAACUAUGCAACAUAAGUACCACUAAUUACUGCUAAAUUAUGCUAAUUCUAUUGUUUUCUAUUUUUUAAUUAACACUAUUUUGUGGUAAAUAGUUGAAAGUGUUGCACACAUUUGUACUCUAUGUCUACCUUUUUCUAACUACUACUAGCUAAUGAUAAUCAAAGUAUUAGAAAUAAUCAAUUAAAUAUACACCGAAUCGAAAAAUGGCGGACGGCGCGUGGAGAUUGGGUCGAGUUGCUCGGAAUCGAGGCUCGUCAGUCGUCGAGCGCGAAGUUUUCCCUUGUUUAUUUAUACUUUGAUUCUCCAAAAAAUAUCAAAAAUGUCUGUAAAAUGAAUCUCACAGAAGACGAUAUUCCAGGCGCUAGUCUCAAUGGAAGACAGCCAUGCUUUCUAAAGAAUGAAGAGCUUCGUUUUUGGUUGAAGUGUCGUGGAGAUUGCUUGAAAGGGCUCAAAACGAAGGCGCAGUUAGUUAAAAGAGUUGAGGAAUAUAUUGAGUCCGGAAGAGAUAAGAAUGUUAUUGAUCCUGACUCGGGCCAAAUUUACACCAAACGCAAAGAGCGAAAACAGGCCAACAGCAGUUCUCACGCUAAUUCUGAUUUAUCUGUGAUACCCUGUUAUCCUAAAGAUGGAUGGUCAAAAGACCUACAAAGAAUGCCUUUCUUCACUAGAGGUGAAAUGAAUAGCCAUAUUGCCAGAACAGGGAAGAACCUCGACCCAACCAACAACCAUUCUGUACCUACUUGUAUCAGGAAGGCCACUACAUUUCUAAAUGAUGAAUACUUGAAAGACAUUCAAGCUGCCAGUGAUGCUGAUAAAUUCUAUUUCAAAGCACAAUGUCAUCAUAGUUUUCGAAAGAAUGACCCACCUCACAGCAUAAACCUUGCACUUUCUAUCAUAUCAGGAGAGGUGAUUCAUGCAAACUGCACUUGUGUUGCUGGCAAAGUUGGAUUCUGUAAUCAUUCUUUAGCAUUAAUGCUCAAGAUUUGCAAAUUCAGCUUGUACGAGUGCAAAAAYGUUUGCGAUCUAGAUAGUSAAGAUGACAUGAACCCCAAAGAAACUUGUACUUCAAGAUUGCAGAAAUGGCACAAAAAGGGGAGAGGGGACGUUAUAAAACCACAACCUGUCAUGGAUGUGUCUGUAUUUAAAACCAGCAAUGAAACAAGCACAUCCACUUCAAGAGAACCAGGAGUCAGGUGCCAACUGUAUGAAGCAAGGAAUAGUGUACAGAAUCAGAGACAAGCUGAACAUCAACUACAAGCUAAACUUCAAGCUUUAAAGCCUAAAAUGGCCUUGACACAGCUUUUAGGAUCACAUCUAUUGAGUCCACCUGGCCCUGUAGAAACAAAAUUUGGACCAUGUGACCAAGGUUCAUAUGGCAGCUAUCAGCUGGCCUUUACAGAAGAUAAUUUUAAAGUGUACACUGACUUGUCAUCCUUUGAAAGAGUUCCUGCUCAGGACAUUAAUUAUGAAUACCCUGCAUUGCCCCUGUCUGAUAGUCAAGAUAACUUCAUAAUACCCCCUAACCUUGAGGAAGAAGAAGUGGACUUACUUAACAGCUUAAAAGUAGACAAAGCCAAACUGAAUGARAUUGAAAGGAAGACAAGAGGGCAAUCUGGAAGUGAUGAUUGGAAAAAGGAGAGARCUUUCAGAUUCACAGCAUCAAAUUUUGGCUUAAUYACAAACAGAAAAAGGCAACAUGAGUCCUUGGUUAACAACCUCCUUCAUMCAAAACCAGUGAAUAACAGAUACACUAAACAUGGAAACCAAUAUGAAAGUAUUGCAAUCAAGCAGUAUCAAAAGUACAUGUAUUCUGUGAAAAAACCAGUUCUAGUCUACAAAUCUGGCCUUGUUGUUAGCUCAACUGYACCAUACCUUGGAGCCUCACCCGAUGGUAAAGUUCUUGACAAAGGGUGUGACCCACCCUUUGGACUUAUUGAAGUCAAAUGCCCUGAAACAAAGUUCAUGGUGACUCCCCUUGAUGCCUGCUCGCACGAAGGAUUCUUUUUAGAAAAUUGCAAUGGCCAACCAAAACUGAAAACCAAUCACUCUUACUACAAACAAGUCCAAGGCCAACUUGGGAUCACAGGGGCUAAAUGGUGUGAUUUUGUAGUUUACACAAGCAAAGGAAUGAGYAUUGAAAGAAUUAGAUUUGAUGAACAGUUCUGGCUCARUUUACAAGACAGUCUCAAAAACUAUUACUUUACUCACUUCCUCUCUAAAGCUGCCAGUGAGUUUAACAGAGCAGAGUAACUUUACUUAUAGUUAUAAUAUUUUUAUUGACAAGAAAUACAGUGAAUAUAGUUUGUAUGUACUUAUUGUAUAGUUAUUGUUAUGA